UGCAAAGUUUUGGCGGAUCAUCUGCUCCACAAGAUUCCCCCAUCUACCGCCUCCUUCUCGCUGAAGCACAGAGAUCCAAAACAAUUUGAAUCAGUUUCAACCUCAAAAUCCGAGUGACCUUCCUCGAUUGCCCAUUGAACCGCCGCAGCCAAAGAUCUUAUCUCUGCUUCAAGAGCCGAUUCCGCUGAAAUAACGAAGCUCUUUGCUGCUAUGAACUGGCCGUCGUGAUUCCUCAGAAUGGCGCCACCACAAGCAAAAUCCGUUUAUUGAAAUAAUAAGAAGAUCCAUUCUCUUCUCACACAGUUUUCCAUCAAUCCAUCUUAUCUGGUUUCCAUCUGCAUUUGGAGUUCGUACAAUAUAUGUUUCAUUUCAUCUGCACCUCUUCCAGAGUACAACAUUCCGAUUCCAGGGCAUGAAAUUGUGAUCAUCAAUCAGACUGAUUUAUUCAGAUUCAGAUAUUAAACAUGAUGCAAGAAUCUUCAACCAUGAACCCUCCUGCCAACAUGGACCUGCCCAUCAGCAUGGACCCCCCUGCAAGUGAUGCUGAAACGAAACCAGAAACACUUGAAGAAGUUAAAGAGGAAGAAGGUCCAAUGUUUCACUGCAACCUUUUUGAUGCUGAAAUGGUUCACAAGAUAGCACAAGAGUUCCUCACAGGUUUGGCAUCUGCGUGUGUUGACAACACGACAGGUGGCAUAUUCAAGAGUCCUGCAUCAGUGGCUCUUGAUGUUAGAAGAGAAAUGGUGGACUAUCUUGUCCAAAGAAGUGAGUCUUUUGUGGCGGAAUCGGUUGUCUUUGAAGGUGACCCUAUUAUAGAAGCACCCACUGAUGCUUUUGAUAUUAUCUCCAAUUUUAUUGAUGAUUUUGCACAUUCAAAAAGAAAUUUUUUCAGCCGUGUGUCAGGAUGGAUUCUGAGUGACAGGAGAGAAGAUAGGAUAGAUGAUUUUGUGCAGGAGAUGGAACUGAAUGGGUUUUGGUUGAUUGGGCGGAGGGAAUCAGUUGCACUAACUUUGCUGAGAAAUGUUGAUGUCAAGAAUACCUAUCAUUGCAGUAUGAAGUUUAGGUCUGAAGAAGAACUUGAACAUCAUCUCCCCUCUUGCAGUUUCCGGGUUGUGAAUUGUGAGAAUGAGGGAUGUAAUGCUAUAUUUGUUGCUGGUCAUGUGGAACAGCAUGACACCGCCUGUCCUUUCAAAAUGCUUCCAUGUGAGCAGAAAUGUCCAGAUAGCAUAAUGAGGCGUGAUAUGGACAGACAUUGUAUCACUGUAUGUUCAAUGAAGCUUGUGAACUGCCCUUUUUAUCCCGUAGGUUGUUUAUCUACAGUUCCACAGUGCUAUAUUGCGGACCACCGGUCCGAGAAUCUCCAGUCUCACUUAGUUUGUAUCUUGAAACUUGUUCACAAGGAAGCAUCUCUAGAAGCAUUGAAGAAAAGGACAGAAGUGUUGAUGGAGGAAGCACCUCGUGGGAAGUUAGCAGCUGCUAGGGAUGCCAGAGCUUUAACAUUUGCAAUUAAGGAUCUUGAAGUAAAGCUUGGGCCUUUAGAAGAAGUAAAACCAAGUGUAGAGGAAGAAAACUCAACAACUAACAAUGCUGAGAGCUGUGCUAGUAUGCUGGCUGACUCACCUAAGACAGAUGAUGACAUUGCAGCUUCUGAUGCUAAUGUUAAGCGCGAUAAAUCAAUUGCAAAAGAUGAAAAUGAUACAAAAGAUGAAAAUGAUACAAAAGAUGAAAAUGAUACAAAAGAUGAAAAUGAUACAGAGAAACAGCCAGAGUCAAUAUAUACAGAAUUGAAUAAAAUUGGUACGUCUCCUAAUAGGGCUGAGGAGGGCAUGGAGAUACCUAAGUCACCCAAGAAACAUAAUGUUUCUGGAAGUGGCCAUUAAUUAAAGUCGAGGAAAACAUACUUCUUUUUCUAGUGAAAGAGAACAUGUCAGUAUCACCUGCUUGAGAGAAGAAAAGCACAAUGAACAACUCAGCUUGCACUACAGAGUACAGAUGCAUCUCUGAAGCCACCAUAUCUAAUGGGGGCUGAAAAGAGUUUUAUAGGUACAACCUUCAACAGGCAAAAUAAUGUAGUUGUGUAAGAUCACGAUACUAGAAAGAUACAAUUUGUGCAGUUUUAGAUUCUUCUUUAUAUCCUCGGUUUCGGCAAUGCAUCGGACCUCAACAUCCAGAAAGCAAAGAGAGUACUUAGUUUGCUACUGGGAGAGUCAGAGAGAUGGAGAGCUAAAUCUCAGCUGCCGUAAACUGUAAACUUUUGGACAAUGUCUAUAUGUGCACACUCUACUGUGGUUUUCAUUUUUAAGUUUCCCAUACACCCUCUAAUUUUCUUUUUAAACAUUCUUAUCCAAUUAAUGGAUGCGAGAUUUUGUCCAGUUCAUUCGUUUUUCUGAAUUCA